AUGCCGGCGACGAUGAACAACAACGCGCUCCUCACGCUCGACGCGCUGGCCGGUUGCGGCGUCGUCCUGCCCGCGGAGAUUCGCGCGUCGCUGGACGUGUCGCUCGCGCUGAAAGCGUCCGAGCUCGGCGUCCGCGAGUUCUUCCUCUGGGGUCGCGUCCGGACGCAGAGCGGGACGGACUACUACGUCGCGCGCGCGGAGAACGGUAAGCGCGUCGACCACGACGGCGUCGUCGUCGCGAACGUCGGGGCGAAAUUCUACUACUCGCAGGACGGCAUGGAGUGGCUGGAUUUAGUGCCGCCCGAGGAGGACGUCACGAUGGAGAAAGCCGCGGAACUGAAAUGCUGGCUGACCGGCGACCCUGCGCACGUGUUCACCGUGUACGAAGAGCAGCCGAUCCCGGAGCCGCCGACGCCGCCGCCGGAGCCCGAGCUCGCGGAGGGGGAGGAGCCGCCGCCGCCGCCGGAGCCGGAGGACCCGCCCGAGCCGCUCCCUCCGCUCGAGUUCGCCGUCACCGAGCUCCAGCUCCUUCUGUCGAUGGCGACGCGGAUCGACGACGAGUGCGUGAUCGCGCCGGUUGGCAUGCACAUCACGGAUGCGAACGGUCACAUCGUGUACAACCCGCUGUUUCACAUGAAGUACCCGGAACAGCUCGCGUCGUACGCGAAAACCGCCGUCGGCGGGAGCAAGACGACGCUGAAGGAGGCGAGACCGCUUUACUCGACACCGCUUCCCAUGGACGCGCGACUGACGGACACGUCCUUCAUUUCAAACCAGGAGCCAAACGGAACGUGGGGGGUGACGUACGACACGUUCAAGAGACUCGCCGUGGUGAGGAGUUUCGCGUGGCCGGGGUACUUCGCGUACUACAGUGACGUCUCGAACACGACCGGGGGGAUAUACUUUGGCGACGGGCGGAAGAAUGAAGAUGUCGCGUUCACGGUUUGA